CGGCCCUCGCGCAACUGCUACGUAUUGUUCACUGUUCGUUCGUUACUUACAGACCUUGCCAUGUGCACGCUCAAAGUUUAUUCCGAUCAUUACUAACUCUUUAGUGCGCAAUGCUGAGAGACGUUUGGCGUGUGUGGAGACCAUCGCGCUGGCCGGGAAGAAACCUCGGUCGGUAUAUGAUACUGCUGGGAUGGGCGGCAAUGCUUCUAGCAAUAGACAGCGAGGGUGCGGAGGUGACGUGCCCGCAAGAGUGCCAGUGCCGCGUGGUGCCUGACCGAGAGGAAGGCAGGGCGCUGCGCGUCGAGUGCACGCGCGGUAACAUGCACACUGUGCCAGUCGACUAUCUGGACCGCAGCGCACAAGUUAUCGUCAUCGCUGCACCCCCGGAAUUUCCUAACUUUCUCACAAUAGGCCCCAUAUUCACUCAACCUACUCCCUUUGCCUAUCUUCGUGAACUUCAUAUCGUCAAUUCAAAUGUUCCUUCUAUUGGCCAGUAUUCCUUUUGGGGCCUUCAAAACUUAAGAGUCUUAAAUUUGACGCACAACAACUUAACUGCUAUAGGAGCUGAUAAUUUUCGGGGGCUCAUAAAUCUCACAGAUUUACAUCUUGACCACAAUAAAAUAGAGCAAAUGCCAAGUGAAACCUUCAGGCACUUGACUUCAUUGAGGACAUUAAUUUUGGCUGACAACGAAAUCACAUCAUUAGUUCCUCGACUUUUUCGAAUGUUAGCUAAGCUCCAGUAUUUAGAUUUGAGCACCAACCCGUUAGAGGAUCUAAAUCCAGAGGUAUUCAAGGACAUACAGCAUUUGAGAGUGUUUAGAUGUAGACGCUGUCUUCUUCGAAGAGUAAACACACAGAUAUAUCACUUAGUGUCACAUUUAGAAACUCUUGAUUUAGGAGAAAAUCUGUUCAAAUACCUAACCUCAGACGAAUUUAUAAGUCUUAAAAAAUUACGUAAAUUAGAACUGGAUGGAAAUCAAUUGUCAGUAGUCGUAGACAACAUGUUUGGAAGGAACCGUGAACUACGAGCGUUGUCCCUAGCACGCAAUCGUCUCGCCCUGCUGGCGCCAGCCGCACUCACCAAUUUAACGAACCUCGCGCACUUGGAUAUAAGUCACAACAAAAUAGACAGGUUUCAUUUACAAACUUUCGCUCCAGUUGUAGAUUCAUUAAAAACUAUUAAUUUCAGUGGUAAUAAUUUACCCCUCAAUGAAAUUGCUAUUCUGCUGCAGAUUUUACCGGAAAUACAUGGCGUUGGACUCGCCAAUUUAUCUUUGGAGGAGAUUCCUUCCAAUUUCUUCAUUUACAAUGAACAUUUGGUGGCUUUGGAUAUAUCUUGGAACAAGUUAACAAAAUUUCCAUAUAAAUUGCUGACAAAGACAAAAUUUUUGCAAAAUCUCGACAUUUCACACAAUAAAUUGCAAACUUUAAAUGAAUUGGAUCUGCAACGAUUGGAAGCGAUAGCGCAAAUAAACCUAUCAAAGAACACCUGGCGUUGCGACCAAUGUUCCGUUGGAACUAUGCUAAUUUAUAUGACAACUACUGUGCUGAAUGGUACGAUACGUCACGCAAAGUGUUAUUCUCCAAUGAGAUUGCAUGGAGUAAGUUUCGGCGAAUUAAGCUUCGACAAGUUGGACCCAUGUCCAAGCACUCAUGAGGCGCAAAUGAGUGUAAUAGCGGGGUUGAUGUUACUGUGUGUAGCGAUGGUGGCAGCGGUGGCUGCAGCGUUGUGUUGCACGCGCCGGCGCGCCGCUCGUUACUAUACUAACGAGGAAAAGAGAAGAGAGCACGAGCAUGAACAUCCGGAUGAGUUGCUUGGACGCACUGAGCUUGGCAGUGUAGCUACCAUUCACGCACCGUAUCAUCUGGUGACAAAGGGUAGCUAACAGCGUGCCCAGCUACCGUGUGAGGUGGUGCCCGCGCCGCCCCCACCACGUGUUGUGCGUAUUGGACACGAACCUUCACUGGCCUCGGUUUCUGCUACGGCUUUCGACGUUGCUUCUUUGCAUUACAUUCCGCCACCCACUGUGCCCCCGACGAUACUUGAAUGUAACGAUUUGUGAUACGAAUAUGAAGACGAUCUAGUGUAAACCAAAGAAAGUAUAUAAAACUGUUUGACACAUACGUAAAUGAAAAAAGAAAAUAUUUUUUUUUUGUAAAGUACGUUUAAGAAAUUACCUUUAUAAUGAACUUAAUACUAACUGUACAAACGUAUGGUUAUAAAAAUAUUUUUUUACAAAUUAAAAUUUGUAUGUAGAUAUUCGAAGUAGUAUUGAAAUCGGGCGUUCAUUAUUGUGUACCUAUGUGUUAGUGAUAAGUUUAAGGAUAGGUAGAUAACAUAAUUAAACAACAUUUAAGCGAUACUUUUAGACCCGAAACAAUAUACAAAACGAACGAUACCAUUGGAGUACAUGCUGGAUCGUAAAACAUAAUCUAAUUACUUACUUAGUUGUAUCUCACCGGGAAUAUUAUGAUGUAAAAUGUAUAAUGAAAUCGUAAAUUACAAUUAUAAGAUAGAUAUCUAAGUAACAGUUACAUAACAGAAACAAAAUAUUUCUUAAAGUUAGUACAGUAAGUAUAAUUAAUUAUCUACUCACUAAGAAUACC